CUGCUGGAUUACCUGAAGCUCCAUGAUGACCCCAUCAGCAGCCCUGAGAGGAUGAGGAGGACUCUUUCAGAUCCGGAGGGUCGGCGGCGUUUCCUGGCCGGACCCCUGGUGUGCAGCCGCAAACGUGACCCCAACCCUGACCCCAAACGUGACCCCAACCCUGACCCCAAACGUGACCCCAACCCUGACCCCAAACGUGACCCCAACCCUGACCCCAAACGUGACCCCAACCCUGACCCCAAACGUGACCCCGACCCCGACGGUGACCCCAGCGCUGACCUCGAGCCCUCAGAGUGGCACGGGCGGCGCGUGGAUUACAUCCUAUACAGGGAGGGGGGCACGGAGCUCAGCACGGAGGUCUCGGCGCUGGGCUUUGUGACGGCUCUGGCCUCUCGCUCCGAUCACCUCCCCGUCUCUCUGACCCUCAGCGUCAGCCCCACAACUGCUGGGGGCCCAGACCCACAAGUGCCCCCCCCCCCAUUCUUCGGCCCCCAGCCGCUCCUCCGAAUUCUGACCCCCAGGUGCCCCCCAAGGUCCCCAAAUGGCCCCAAAUGGCCCCAAGUGGCCCCAAAUGGCCCCCAAUGA